GCGACUUUGAAACUCACAUUUUCAUUUGUACGCCUAACCUUCCUGUCAUUUCAGUGUUGUGUUUUGUGCGGGCAACUGGUAAACCCGUCAAGCUCUUAAGGCCGAGCUUUGCAAUCUCAGCAAUGACACAAAACUCAGUGGUGGCUCCAAAUGGUGCUGUUCUGAAUAUAAAUUAUUUUGCAAACUCUUCAGGGUGGACUAGAAUGUAACGCAUUGUCUCAACCUUGCAUUCUAUCGAUACAGUUUCCCAGUACCAACUUACCCUAUACGCAUUUAGAAUCAUCUAAAAGUUCCUUGGACGAGGGAUCUGCUCCCUACUGUCCUGCAUUGAGAAGUUGCUACGUACCAAAGUGCACAGAGUGGGAAUUUGAUGAAACAAUUAAGCCUGGUGGUGACUAUAUCACCUAGUAAGAGAGACUGGACGACGCUCAUCGAUUACCUUUAGAUAAGUCGAACAGCAGAUUAAGACUACGGCACCAAAAACGCAAACACCUGACAGUAAAUGCCGGACUGUACCUACGGCGAUGUUGAAUGGACCGACCAGAAAGCAGUAAUUUGGUGCCCCGAAUAAAUUAAGAGCACGUUGCCAACCACAUUAACCAGCACCAAAUAACUCAUCCACACCUGUUGGACCAUAAUAUGGUAUAUGAUCAUGUUGGUAUUCUACUCUAAACCGCUCAUGGCCCGUCUCCUGUGUAUACAAUUCAGGUGGCUAGUGAUUAAAUAGAGCUGGAUACAAACCAACUUAUGCCAACUUCAUUUGAUCAUCUCCUUUCAUUGUAUGGAUCUUUGAAACAAAAUGGUUGCAAUUGAGGACCAAGAGAAAGAGAAUUUAUUUGAGAACGUGUGUGGGGUCGAAUUCAGUGACCUCUCUGAAUGGAAGCAUCCACGGGAGAGCCUGCAUAGGAAUACACUCAUCAGCUACCAGCGCGAUAAACUGCUGUCAGGUGCAGACUUUCCGCUGGGCAUUAAAAUCCUACCAAUUUUUGGCCUUAUUAUGGAAUCUAGAAAUGUACUCCCAAUUCUGAUGUUUCAGAUGACAAAUCAGACUUUGAGUAUGACUGCAAGCUAUUUUUGGUAAUAAUGUAUGCUUACCGGCGCUUGAGGCCAAAGCCCAGUAUUGCCAAUCAGCUACUCACCACACAAAACACCAUGUCCGGCUUCUUAGAUGGGGCAACUUUUCUAGUGGAGGAACUUGUGGCUGAACAUGUGGCUAAGCCUGACAGCCUGGUGGUCUGAUGUCGUCUCUGCCGCUGUGCAGCACUACAGCGAGUACUUUCGGUAAUCCAAAUGAGUCGGCAUCUAGAGGAUUCUCAGCAUAAAAUCAAAACUACAGAACGGUCUUGCUCUCCAACGUUCAGCCGUCUGGGUCUUUAAUCUUGUGUGCCAGAUAUUAGUGCGGAUAAAUGAUAUGCUUGCCAGUUGCUUAAUAAGUGCCGUCUGAAAUCGAUCUGCACGGCAUUUGCUCAAAUGACCCACAACCGUCAAUUUGAGGUAUGAUGGACGGGCAUCCCGUGCUGUCGCCGCGUUACGCACGUAUAUACAUUGUCUCCGUCUAUUUUACUUCCUCCAGCUACCAAAUGCUUGCCUCAAAGACCGUUCAUUAUGUCGAUGUCGUGAGCUGUCUCUACCAGUGCACAAUCCAGGUUUCCCCAACGUCGUCUGGACAAUUUGCAAAACAGACUGAACCAGCCAAUCAGUGUAAGACAGAAUAGCUUUGAAGCGUAUGGACUGGAUGGUUUAUGUUCGAUUCGCUACAACGUGUUUAGUUCAGUGCCAGUUAUCUUUGCCAAAACUGUACUCUAAUGGAGUUGGCCACUUUUUGCAAAACCACACUCGCCUAGCCGCAAUCCAAUGCAGAUAGAACACACAACGAUAAGUUUGGAGCAUUAACGCUAGCUCGACCAGUUACUUGAGGGAAGAAGCUGGGUCAUAGCCAUGCUAUGAGAAGAAUACUUUGACACUUAUUGGCAAAUGAGGCUUGUCGCUGCCAAUAGCCACUUUGCUGGCGACCAGAAUGGAUGGCAGAACAGGCAGGAAAUCGCUCAAAGGCCCGCUGGAUUCUGCUGGUAAAGUUUACUGAGAGUAAGGCGAAGCGCAGACUAAAAAUAGGUAGCUUAGUUGAAGAAAAGCACCAUUGCAAUCAGUGGCAUUAGCAGGCUCUUUUCUAUAGCAACGCUCUGGACACUACAAGUUGCUCAAGGAAAAAUUGAGGCUCGCAUUUCUAGGGACGUUUUUCUCGGCAUGAAAGCAGAUGUGUCACGCAAGAGUGGAACUCUAUUUAUUUCCAUUACUUUAGCGUGUCUCACCACAAUCCUCUAGCGCGUGACGCAAACCACGUACGCACGAGCGUUGAAUAUCUCCACUUCGGAUGACCGUGUCCACACAACAAUAGCAUGAUCGACAAGCGCAAUGCUCUGAAAUUAUCGGAGUCACUGUUUUUGUAGUGUAUAGCUGGUUAUAAUGUCAGCCCCAGG